UAUCUUUUAUCUAAUAAAUAAGAGAGCGAUUAACAUCAAUGUGAUUGGAUCACAAACUGGAGUUAAAGGUGCACUCAGCGAUUCCUGAGAAACACUGUUGAUAUUUGAACUCAACUGCCAAAACAACUGCUCCUGAAGGGAGGAGUGUGUUACCCACCUAUUGAGAAGAAAAAGAGCAACUUCUGCAUCUGUCUUCAAGCCUUCAAACCCUCUCAGAGGUCUCUCCACUGCUAAAAAACCUCACCCAUGUUGAUGUGGCUCCUAGCCCUCGACUUAUCCUAAUCCUUAUUUUUUUAGUUUAUAUUCGUCUGACCAUUAUCUCUUGGUCUGUUUCUCACCAUUUGUCCUCCUUGGAGAUUAUAAAGUUUGCUUCAGCCAGAUUUGCCAUCGCUCUUCUAAUUAAUUUCCCUCUCGCUCUGCCCCCACCCCCCAUCCUGUGCAUGCGCAAGCACCACCCCCUGUUGCUGACUGGCUUGAGUAGUGUUGUAUGGAUCGGUCUGUUCCACUUUUUUUUUGUUCCAUUUACAGAGCCAGGGCUGUGUACAAAUACUAGAUUUGUUUUCAGCCCACCCACAGAAUGGACAGCUAGUAGAAUGUGAGGAGAUAUUUGCAGACUUUGACAAAGUGUAUUGGAUUAGAAUUACUGAGUGCACCUUUAAAUCAGUCUUGAUUUAUCACCAGUGAACUGUGCGGUCUGGACACAGUAUGUGCCUCAAAAACUAGCUAGCUCCCUACCUAGACAGCAUUUUUGGGAGAUCAUUGGUGCUUCCAAAAUCCAUAUGAUGCCUAAAAUACUGUUUGGCAGCUAAAACGUCACGCAUAUCUCCAAACAUAACAUGAUUGCGCCUAUGUAAAUGGAGACAGUGACCAUACAUAUUCUGGGAGCCGAUGCUUCUGUUACAGCUCUGGUACAGUAAUCAAAUGGAAAGACAUGUGGUCCACCUUCAAGGUGAACGUGACGAGUUAUGAGGACGUCUUCAUCAUGUUCCCGAUGGAGACCAGUAAUUGCCACCAUCCAGAUGAUCUUCUCACAGUUACUAAGUGCUUUGUUGAACAUUACUGGCCAUCCACUAUCCAAAAGGAGAAGGCUUUGGACAUUCCUCUGGUUGAUGAAAUUGUCUGCUUUAUGACCGAAUCACCUAGAAGCAACACUGAAUACACACUACAUGUCUCAAACAAAAGGUUAAAUAGAAUGUGCUUCUUGCUCUUUUUCUGUGGGCUGGCACUUUUUUUGGGAGCGAGAUCCAUAUGCAGGAGCUCACUGUUUUUCUACAUCACUGGAGUGACAUUGGGAGUCAUCGCCACAUUUGUCUUUCUAAUACUUAUCCUAAGGAACUUCAUACCAAAGCGAGGGCUGUUUCUGGUGUUGUUGGGUGCUGGCUCCAGUUUAUCCUACAUAGGGAUCCAGAGGGUGUUAAAUGAAUGGGACAACAUCGUGACUGAGCACUGGAUAGAAUUGCUGGUCUAUGUGCUGAUCUCGGGCUCAUUUAGCUUCAUCAUAUGCUACAAGCACGGCCCCAUCACCAACAACUACACCCUGAACUUGAUGACCUGGUGCAUGCAAGCUGUAGGCAUAGUGUUGCUUUACUAUGGCAUUACAUUCCCCCCUGCCUACUACAUAAUGCUUGCUUGCCUGUUGUGCUGGAAGAUCCUGCCCUUGGUCCUGAGCCUUCUAAUGGGGAUAUGCAGUCUCUUCUUCUCUUUCCUUGGACUGUUCCGGUGGAAGAAACGCCCCAAGGCUAGGUUGCUGAACGAAGAGGAAUACAGAGAGCAGGGAGAGAUCCACACUAAAGAGUCACUGGAUGAACUGAGGGAGCACUGCAACAAGCCUGGUUUUCCUGCGUGGGAGACAGUUUUGAGGCUCAGAGCACCGCAAAAAUUUGCAGAGUUUCUGCGCAGUGGCUCGCACGUCACUCAGGAGGAGCUUCAGUGUCACGAAAGACAGUAUGGCCCUGGUGGGGCGUACUACGAGCACAUGCUGUUUAACCACAGCUCCAGUGAUGGACUGCCUGAGAGAGAAGAGGACGAUGACAGCGAGGACGAGCUACAUAGAACCAGUCCUCCAACCCCAAACAACCUCCCCAGUCCCCCAGAAUACAGCGCUGCUGUCUGCCCCUUCCCCACAGCCACCUACACUGCUCAGCCAGAACCCAUGGAUCCAGAAGACCAGGAUUUCUUUUGAAUCUGACUGAAGGAUGUGAUUUUAAGGUUUUUAAAUAAACUUUUUGAAUUUCACAAUAUCAUAAGGAAAGCAUGACACUAAGGAACCUUAGAAGAUCUCUAAGAUUUGUAAAGAUUGUCUCAUGUUUUCUUAAAUUAUCUCUUUGAUACAGCGUGGGCUGUUUUGUAAAAGUGAACCUGUAUUUGUAGUUCACCCAAAAAUGAAAAUUCUGUCGUGUACUCGCCUCAUAUUGUUCCAAACCCAUAUGACUUUCUUCUGUGGAACACAAGGGAGAUAUUGGACAGUAUGUUAGUCUCAGUUACCUUUCACCUUUUUUCCAUACAAUGAAAGUGAAUGGUGACUGAGGCUAACAUUCUGCCUAACCUCUCCUUUUGUGUUCCACGGAAGAAAGAAAAUCAUACAGGUUUGGAACAACGUGAGGGUGAGUAAAUGAUGACAAAAUGUUCAUUUUUGGGUGAACUAUCCCUUUAAGUUCUGUUGAGGAUACCACUGUUCUGUACAUACUGUAUGUUUAUAAUGUUUCUGAAUAGAUGGUGGUGUGCUGCUCUCAGGUAUAUCAAGACAUCCUUGCAGUUACUGAGAUAUUUGUUUCAGUUUGUAAUAUAAGGGAACACUGGCCUCUAGUGUCAGUUAAAGGCACAGUUAACCCACAAACUACAAUUCUGUCAUCAUUUACUCAG